AUGUAUGAAACAAAUAGUGCAACAAGCUCUGAUUUAUCGAAGUUGUGCAUUGGAUGUCUCAGAAUGGGAGAAGGCGUCCGUCCUAUGACUAUGGAGGAGAUUAAUUCAUACCUAAUUUGUAUAAAUAAGUUUUCAAACGUACAGCCAGAUGCUUGUAUAUGCAAUCUAUGUUCACAUUUAUUAAUUAAAUUCAGUAGAUUUAUCCAGCAAUGUAAAAGAGCGAAUGAUGUUUUAAAUGGAUUAAUGAAUGAGGAAAAUAAAAGAAGUUUUCAUUCAACAAAUAUAAAACAUGUUUAUGAUCUUCGAAGAUCUGACGUGCAAAUAUCAGAGUUUAGUAUCACAGAAGUUGAAGCAUUGGACACUGAAAAUAUAUUCGACCAUGAUGUGUAUGUUGAUGAAGAAGAUGUACCUUUAGUUAUGCUCAAAAUAGAAGAAGUGAAUUCAGAAGAUAGAAUAGUGAAGAAGAAGAAAAAGAAAUGGAAGCAAAUGGAAGAAAAUGAAGAGAAAAAAGAAAAUGAAGACACAGUGAAAAUUGAAAACGCAUGUAACAAUUCAAAAAAACGAGAUAAAUGAAGUAGAUAUAAAAAUUGAAAAGGAGAGAAGGGGAAAGAAGAAAGUCCUCAGGGAAGGUUUCACUUCGAGGAUGGUGCAAGAAACUGAUGAAUAUACUGUUAUAAAAUUAAGUAAAGAACAGGUUCUUAAAGAAAUGGAGGAGAAAUCUAAAAGCGAAGAAUACCUAAGAUCUUUAUACAAAUGCGAGAAAUGUGUCAAAGGUUUCAAUUUUGAAGACGUUCUAAGAACUCACAUGGAGAGACACAUUAUGAGAAAGUCUUGGCUAUUUUGUGAUAUAUGCCAACAGUAUUGCCCUAGUAUAAUAUCAUUGAGAGGUCACAUGAAGUCUCAUACUACCAGGUACAAAUGCAAGGUGUGCGGGUGUGUACGUCUGUCUCGUCAAGUAUUAUUGGAGCACCACUCCACGUCGCACACUUCUGAUGCCGUGAAAUAUACAUGUCAGCAAUGCGACUUCGUUUCAAAUAAACGUACGUCCAUGCAGAGACAUGUCAGAACACGUCACAAUAAAACGGAAAAGCAUCCUUGUGACCAGUGCGGGAAGACUCUGAAUAGCUUGGAAGCUCUGAGGGUACACACCACACGUCACGACAAGAGCAAGCGUGUGAAGUGUGACGAAUGCGACAGAUGGUUUGUCUAUCCCUCUCUUCUGCACCAACACAAGAUGGCGGUGCACGUGAGGGACGAUUACUACUGUGUCGAGUGCGAUAUCAAAUUCAAGUCCCGGGAAAAUUUGUCCCUUCAUUUCAAGAGAAACAAGAGACACCGAGACGUUUCCACAUUUAGAUACGAAUGUGACCAUUGCGGCAAAAGGUUCAUGUUCGUGUCCGCGUUGUCCAGCCACUUGUCCGCCGCGCACGGGGCCGGCGCGCGCCACCCGUGCGCGUGCGGGCGCGCCUACAGCAGCAGGGACGCACUCAGGGCCCACAGGGCGAGUAAGCACGGCGACUUGGCGUGCCCACACUGCCAGGCGACUUUCGCGCGCAAGAGUGUAUUGCGAACGCAUAUACGAACGCACGCGAACGAGCGAACAUUCGUUUGCGAAUGUGGCGUAACAUUCGCGGAACACGCGACUCUCGUAGCGCACAUACAAGAGAAUCACCAUAAGAAAGCAGACAUCGAAAAUGUUAUAUCAAGCAAUGAAAAUAUAAGAAGCAACUGA